AUGUCAGCAGAAUCGUAUCUCGUAAUUGGAGGAUGUGGGUUCCUAGGUAGACAUAUCGUAGAACAGUUAUUGGCAAGGGGAGAAGCCCAGGUGUCGGUGUUUGAUAUAGUGCAGAGGCAUUUCGAUAGUAACGUCACCUUCUAUAUUGGUGAUUUAUCUAAACCCGAAGAUGUCCAGAAUGCGUUGUACAAAUCCAAAGCUACAGUAAUCAUUCACACGGCCUCUCCAGCUCACGGUCUAGGUCGAGCAAUAUACGAGCAAGUGAACGUAGUUGGUACCAGAACAUUGUUAGAAGCGAGUGUUGAACCCUCAUCAACCGUCAAGAAGGUCGUCUACACUUCGUCAGGAGGGGUAGUCUACUCUGGAAAAGAAGAUAUAACCAAUGUUGACGAGAGGGUUCCAUACCCUGCAGUCCUCUUAGACGCAUAUAACGAAACGAAAGUAGCAGCUGAGAAGAUGGUAUUAGAAUACAAUGGCAAAAACGGAUUGUUGACUUGUGCUAUUAGACCUGCUGGUAUAUUCGGUCCGGGUGAUAGACAGAUGAUAUCAGGUUUCUACCAGGUAAUCAAGAACAAGCAAACCAAAUGGCAAAUCGGAUAUAACACCAAUUUAGGUGAUUUCACCUAUGUGGGGAAUGUCGCUCAUGCGCAUCUCUUGGCAGCAGAUAAAUUAGGUUCAUCCUACCAUUAUUCUCAACUUCGAGAUCCAAUUUCCUCCAUCGAUAUCUCAUUGGGAUCACAUCGAAUACCCACAUCUUCCGCUAGACCUAUCGGACCCAAUACCAACCCCUCCCCAGAGGAUUUAGCCAAAGCGAGAAAAUUCGAUUCGGACCAAGUGGAUGAAAGUGAUCUCAGACCGGUAUUACGAACCAAGAUGGAUCAAUUUUCCAAAGAAUCUUCAUUAGACGAAAAUGAUGAUUCGGAAGAAGAGAGUAUACCCAUUGCCGGACAAGCUUAUUUCAUUACGAAUGGUGAACCAAUCUAUUUCUGGGAUUUCGCCAGAACAAUUUGGAAGCAGCUUGGUCAUGUACCACCUUACCUCAUCGUAUUACCUACCAUGCUGGGUCUGAUCUUAGCUACAUUAGCGGAGAUGUUCUCUAAGAUAUCGGGUAAAGAACCUGGAUUUACGAGAUUCAGAGUAGCUCAUGCAACUCAACAGAGAUACUUCGAUAUUGAGAAAUCAAGAAGGUUAUUAGGUUAUCAUCCGAUAGUCAGCUUGACGGAUGGGAUGCAAAGAUGGACGGAAUGGUAUCAAGGGGAAUUAGAGAAGCAGAAAUUGGCUAUAGAAGAUGAGAAGACGAAGUAA